GUCCCGUCAGUCGCAUAGCACCCACCGCCUGUAACCAGACGUUUGCCAGAGCCGCCGGCUGUCAGCCACACCUUCCCAAAACAAGCGCGAGGCCUCUGAACACAAGUCAUGGCGCCGCUGACAGGCCAGCUUAGCACAUGCUGCUUGCGCCUGGCCGAUAAAGAACAAGCCCACACGCGGAUUUAGUGUUAUGGCUGUGCAUACACCGUCAGUGAACCCAAAAUGUCCAACCCUGGCCCGUUUCUGUACAUAACAAUUCCCGCGUUACGUAGGUACCGACCGAUUUUAACGAUUACCCAGGCAGUCACGAUUCGAUAUCUGGCCAAGCUGGCCUCCACCUACCAGUCCGGUGGUUGCACAGCAGCAAGCAGGCAAGCAAGCCAAACAGCUAUCGACAAUUUGCCCUGCUUGCAUCGCUGCGUCGGGGUGGAUCGGAUCGGGAAACCGACCAAUGGUGCUGACCUCCACCAGACCAAAAUAAACGGGAACCGGGAAACCUUCCAAUCAGCGACGGUCCCAAGCCUAGGCCGUCAGUCAACCGGCAGCCAAGGUACUUUGCUGUCCACCUGA